UAACCCCUAACCAUAUCCAUUGUGUGGGGAACGCGAACCCCGCCACGCAAUAAGCUCGGCCGGCCUCUCUCAUCGCCCCAGCCCCAGAUCACAACCAACUCCCUUCCUCUUCCUCGAGUCAGCAGUCUCCUUCCUGGAGCGCAAAAUGGUUUCCGCCAACCCAGCUCGUAACAUCGUCGGCGUCAUCGGCAAUGUCAUCUCCUUCGGGCUCUUCCUCUGCCACGCGCCGAUGUUCCGGCAGAUCUGCAAGGCCAAGGACGUAGAGGAGUACAAGCCGGACCCCUACCUGGCGACGCUGCUCACCUGCAUGCUCUGGGUCUUCUACGGCCUCCCCAUCGUGCACCCCAACAGCAUCCUCGUCGUCACCGUCAACGGGAUCGGCCUCGUCGUCCAGCUCGUCUACCUCAUCAUCUUCUUUAUCUACUCCACCAACAACAAGCGGUCAAAGAUGCUCGCCGUGCUCGGCAUCGAGGCGGCGUUCAUGGCGGCCGUGGUGGCCGGCGUGCUCCACGGCGCACACACCCACGAGAUGCGCUCCAUGAUCGUCGGCAUCCUCUGCGUCAUCUGUGGCUCCGUCCAGUACGCCUCCAAUCUUACCGUCAUGGUUCGUGUGAUCAGAACCGAGAGUGUUGAGUACAUGCCAUUCUUCCUGUCGCUGGCGAUAUUCCUCAGUGGCUGCUGCUGGACGGCCUAUGCGCUCAUCGAGUUCGAUCUCUACGUGGCGAUCCCCAAUGGGCUCGAGGCAGUUUUAGGCCUCAUUCAGCUGAUCCUCCACUUCUUCUACUACAAAUCGACCCUCAAGAAGAAGAACAUUGAGCUGCCCACCGUCAUUGUUGACAGUGUUGAUGCUGUUCUGCGGCGGUCAUGGGGGGUUACUGAUUCUGGCGUGUAUUUCCUUCUGGGGCCUUGCUCAUCGGUGGUGCGUAGCCCUGGAGCCUAGGCGAGAGCAGAAAGGUUUCCCUCUACAGGUGUAGAGGUGCGUCAGGAUAAGAGCGCCCGAACCUCCGGCAAAGCAGUUUCUUCUGGUUAUGCUAAAAAAAAUGUCUCCUACCGGCAGUUGUGCGUCUUGUGUGUGGCACGUGUGUGUGGCCGUGCCGUGCGCAUCGGCGUAGCUCAUGUGGAGCUCUGUUUGUGGGACAAGUGUUGUUGAAUUCCUUGCA